AUGGGCAAUGGUUUUAGGCGUAUCACCAAAAUCAAGGACGACGCAUCGUUGCAAGUGUUGUAUUUCCUCCCAAAUUCGACAUAUAUUGAUUUGUAUGUGGAUUUGGAGGUGGCGGGUACUUCUAGGUCCCAUUUGGAAGUAGGGACAAGUAGUGGUAGGCCGAAUGUGGAGAAUGUCGAUUACAUAGAAGAUGAUGAUGUGGGUGGACCGAUUAUGGAGGAUGGCGAUCACAUGGAAGAUAAUCACGCAGAAGAUGAUGAGGGCUACACAUUGAUAAGUGAUCAAAGCGAUGAAAACCAAUCAAUAUCUGAAGGAAGUCGGGAGAGUGAUGAAGAGAUUGUAAUGUAUCCGGCUGCGGCGGAGCUGAGAUGCGUUUUGCAAGGUGGUCUUGUUGAUUGUCGUCGGAGGAGUCGUUUUGGCGGCGGCGCUUCGCCUGAAAAAUAUGGUCCAAAAUUUGUAGCCAUGGCACAGAAGAAAAAGGUGAACAAAUACGACAGCAACUGGAAAAAGGAAUGGUUUGGAGCAGGAUUGUUCUAUGAAGGUAGCGAAGAAGUUGAAUUCGAUGUGAUCAAAAAAUUGGAAAAAAGAAAAGUUCUAAGCAACGUGGAAAAGGCCGGAUUAUUGUCCAAGGCGGAAGAACUGGGCUUCACACUCUCUUCAAUUGAGAAACUGGGCCUCUUAUCUAAGGCCGAGGAAUUAGGCCUACUCAGUUUACUGGAAAAGGUUGCCGGCUCUUCACCCUCCACCUUGGCCUCGGCGGCGCUGCCAAUACUCGUGGCGGCUAUUGUGGCGAUCGUGGUGAUUCCCGAUGACUCGGUAGGUCUCGUGGCGGUGCAAGCCGUUGUGGGUGGUGCCCUUGCGGUUGGUGCAGCUGGGCUUUUUGUAGGUUCGGUUGUUUUGGACGGGCUACAAGAGGCCGAUUGA